AAAGUAACGGGCCCUGGGGCCAGCUGGCAGUGUGGUCUGGGGUCUGGCAAAGCAUGCUGGGAAAGGGCAGAGUGCUUAAGGGGCUGGCCAGAGGUGUCAGAUGCCAGGUGGGCAAGGCAGGUUGGGGCUGGCUCCUCCAUCUCCAGGUUCUCGCUCCUGUGAGGGCCGGAGCGCAGGACACCUGGGUUCCAGCCUCAGUCAGCUGAGAUGUGCAGAGUCCCUCCCCGUGCCUCAGUUUCCCCACGGUGCGGCUCGUACUCCUGGCCUCCUGGAGCAGCGCUGGGCAGGUGGAAGCUGGGAACCGUCCCACAGGGCGAUGCCAGAAAUGACAUGUGAAUCUUCACAUUGGCGAUGCUGCUCUCCAGCACCCUGGUCUACAGCAGCCUGGGCAUCACUGACCAGUGCCCUGACCAGCUGCAGUAUCCUUGGCCCCGGGACUGGUUAAUAACCCACUGCUGCUGCCAGCUCGGGGGAGGUGGUGGGUCCCUGGGCCAUGGGGCCCAUACCCAUCUCAGGGACACCAGUGUCCAUGUUUCCUUAGGAGCUGACGGAGCACAUCCAGGCCAAGGCAGUGCCUGGGGCUGGCCAGGGCCAAGUUCAUGCACUUCUUCCUGGCCUUCGUGUGGGCCGUGCGGGACUUCACACUGCAGUUGCAGCUGGACGGGCGGGACAUCACGGCAGACGAGUACCUGGAGCACGUGCUGAGGCUGAGGCUGAGGCCAGGUGGGUGCCAGGGGAGGCUGCACCGGGGUGAAGGUAUCCUCCCAAGGUACGUAGGGCUGGCCUGGGGCAGGGAGGCUGUUUUCUGGGGCCUGCCGCGCCCCUGGAGCAGUCACCUCUCCCCUCUCACUGGUGGCUGGGGGGCCCGCGGCGGUACACUGCUUCUUCCCCACCAGCAAGUGCUUCGUGUUCAAGCAGCCGGCCCGCGGGCAGGACCUGCCUCGGCUGGAGGAGACACAGGACUUCCCGGCCAGGCCAUCCUGUGCACUGAGGAGGCGGAGAAGGAGGUGGAAGGAAGGGCAGUAGCACGCCCUGCACCUUGUGCCUCCUGGCUGCCUUCCAGCCCCCUCUGACCUGCCUGCCCUGAGACGCUGACUGAGACGGGAUGAGCCUGGAGCUCAAGCUCGGGGGACAGGUCUCAGCCCAAGGCAGAGCUUGCCAGGCCAGGAAGGGAGGCCAGGAGGGGUCCCGUGUGAGGGAGGCCAAAUCGCCCUCUGCUUCUUUCCCUUGCACUUUUGCGAGCUGGAGUCCUGCCUCCUGGAGGCAGCAACACUGAGCACUGUGCUGCAGCACGGGCUUCGGACACCAGAGGGGUGCCCCGAGGAUUUUGGGGACUGACUGAGGGACCCGGUGCUCUGGACAGGCCUGUGGGACCUGCGCAGGACAGUAGCUUUGCUGUCAUCCAGCUUUCGGCAAUGGCCUCGAACAUACCCAUGGAGCAGCCCCUGUGCUCGGUGGGGAAUGACACCGGCGGGGAGCUAACGGCGAACCUGAAUGCCCUGGAGAGCCUACGUGGCAUCACCCAGCCCGUGGUGGUGGUGACCAUCGCCGGGCUGUACCGCACUGGCAAGUCCUACCUCAUGAACCAGCUGGCCGGAAAGAGGACAGGCUUCUCCCUGGGCUCCACGGUGCAGUCGCACACCAAGGGCAUCUGGAUGUGGUGCAUGCCCCACCGCCGGUGUGACCUUGUCCUGGUGCUGCUGGAUACGGAGGGGCUGGGCGACGUGGAGAAGGGUAACACAAAGAAUGAUUGCUGGAUCUUCGCACUGGCCGUGCUUCUCAACAGCCUGUUGGUCUACAACAGCAAAGGCACCAUCGACCAGUAUGCCAUGGAGCAGCUCCACUUCAUGUCCGAGCUGAUGGACCACAUCAAGGUCAAGGCCCAGGAAGGGGAUGGUGAGGGUGAUGACACAGAGUUCAUCCGCUUCUUUCCUGGCUUCAUCUGGGCUGUGCAGGAAUUCACCCUGCAGCUGAUAAUCAACGGGCAGCCGGUGACAGAGGAUCAGUACUUGGAGAAUGCGCUCGCCCUGAAGCCCGGCAACAGCAAGAGGGUGAUGGAGUACAACCUGCCACACCAGUGCCUCUGCAGCUUCUUCCCAACCUGCAAGUGCUUUGUCUUUGUCCAGACAGUCCCCGCAAAGGAUAUCAGUCAACUUGAGUUGCUGCCUGAGAGCACCCUGGACCCACAGUUCCUGGUACAGCCCCGCCACUUCUGCAACUACGUCUUCCAAGAAGCCAAGGCCAAGACAGUCAAAGGAGGGCACUGUGUCAAUGGGCGAAGUCGGGAUAGCCGAACAGCAUGGAAACAUCCUGGCUCAAAAUGAAGAUGUUUCCAAGGAGACCUGCCUGGCCCUGCUGGAGGAGCUCUCAGCCCCCAUGAAGAAGAACCUCAGUGAUGGAGUUUACUCACAACCUGGUGGUUACGGGGUCUACGAGGCAGACCUGAGCCAGGUGGUGGAGGGUUACUGGGGAAAACCCAGCGAAGGAGUCAAGGCAGAGGAGGUCCUGGAUCAGUUCCUGGCCAAGAUGCAGCCAGAGGCGGCGGCAGUGCUGAAGGUGGACACCAAGCUGACCGAGGCAGAGAAGCACGUUGCGGAUGAGAAGCAGAAAGCCGGGGUGUGGAGCAGCAGAUGAAGGCAACGGAGGAGAAGAGGAUGCAGAUGGAUGACCAAGAGGAUGCUGAUGAAAGACCAAGAGCGCAGCUAUGAGGAGAACCUGAAACAGCUGAAAGCCAAGAUGAAGGACGAGGCAGAGAGAGCUAGGAAGGAGGCCGCACAGGUCUUGGAGUGCAAGCUGAAGGAGCAAGAGGCAAUACUGAGUAAGGGCUUUACUAAGCAAGCGGAGCUGAUGCAGGAGGAGAUUGAAGAAAGGGAUGAAGUCCAUAGAUGUGACAGGUCUGCUCUCAGGUAUCUUCACCACCAUUGGGGAAGGCCUGAGAGCCAUCAAUGGCAUCGCAAGUCUCACUAAAUUCCGGCAGACGGCCCAGCCAAAACACAAGUAGCUGUGCCUCUGCUGGAAAAGGCCGGCUUCCUGCCUGCUGGCGCUUCCGGGAACAACCCCUGCCUGCAGCUUAAAGCUUCUGCUUAGCCAUGCGAGCUUCAGGAAGGCGUGAUCCACGAGCUGUGAAAUACUGGCCCAGUGAUGCAAGAUCCCUAGAUUCUGGCUCUGGGAGGGCAGUGGGAUCUGGUGGGUUUGGCUGAGGGGGACCUCUGGUUUCUCUCUGUGGACCUGCCUCAGUGGCUGUGAGGAGGAGCUGUGUGGACCUGUGGCACCUGAAGCAGCACCUGCCAGCAUUCAGUGACGUGCAUGUCAGCAUCUGCUUCAGCCCCUGUACCCCACAUGCUGCACAUGGCCUGCAUCUUGUUUCACUCAGAGCCAUUAAACAGCCUUGUAUUGCAGCCCAGAGCACCUGCAUCCCAGUGUUUGCUAUCAAUAAGGCAGUCGCAGCUGGUAUCCUCCAGCCCCAGUGCUGGGAUGACCAGGGGGCAGGACAAUUUUUCUCUGUUCUCUGCCUGUGGAAGCAUACCGCUGGCACCCUCCUCUCCCAGCCAUCGGGUAAACUGAGUCACGUGCAGUGCUUCUUACACAUGUCCCACACUCCCCACAAGUCUGCUCCAGGUGCAAGACUAAGCCCCUCUCUUCAGCCACGUUAUCCUGUCCAGACAUCCUCAGCGUGCCCUCCAGCUGGAGAACGCUGUUUGCUCGGUGUUGCAGGCCUGACCAUUGCUGCCUAGGGGCUGAGGACACAAGGUAGAACUUUAGACUUUGCCUUAGCUCAGCCAGCGAUAAACCCUGACCCCUCGAUGUGCCCUGCUUGUGUCAGAGUGGUAGACAGGGCAUGGGAAGCAGCUGCCUCCAGCGGUGCGCAGGAGGACUGGGGACCUUGGACUAUUGUGCAAUUUGCUGCAGGGGCCUGACUUCUGGGAAGCGUGUGACACCAGAGGAGAGGCACAAGAAGCAUGCUCGGCCUGUGAUCAUAUUUCAAAUGGCAGGACUGGGGUUUCUGAAGGGAUUUAUGCUCCUUAGGAAGAUAGGGGGAGGCGGAGGGGACGCUUUCCAAAGCACCAGACCAUUUAACUGUGGUUGAAAACAGUGAGAGAAGCUCUGCGAAGCUGCACUCUCUGUCCGGGUGUUUAAGCCCCAAGGUGUCUCCAUUAUAAAAUAGGCCCGUGAUCACCUUUAAAGGCAUAUCCAAAAGUGGAGAGAGAGUCUGAUGAAGAAGUACUAAUCAAUGGCAAAUCCUCAUCACAACCAUUUUGGGGCUCCACUGCCACCCCCCAGCUGUUCUCCCAGAAAAGCCAGGGGAAGCAGGUAGGAAGUCCCAUCCUCAGGGCUUGGGUUCUCACCUGCUCACAGUGAGAUGGACACCUGAAGUUUGAGUGGGUUUCGGGUGUAACGUCAGAGGUUAUGUGAGAUGACAGAGGCCUGGGGCUGCCUGAGAAUCUGCAGACCUGCCACGUGCAGGUGGAAAUCAGUGCCUCUGGCCUCUGCUGCUUUCUGGAAACCCAGGAGCAGCUGAGGAUCUGGCAGGGUUGCUAACCGAAUACCAAAAGGCAGGCACGCUCCGGCAAGGGGUUGGCCACCUGCGAAUGCCCUGCACUUUCCUCUUGUCCCACCACUUACCAGCAUCACCUGUGCUAAGAGCUGCACUCAAGAGGAGUCUAACGGCCACAACUGGUCCUAGGCAGCCGCACUUUGUAUUUUUGAGUGCCAGCUUCAGGCAUCAGAGUCAUGACCUGGCAUAUUUAUACUGAUUGCUAUUUCAUAGAGCACAAGCUUCGUAUUAUCUGAUUGAGCUGCCACAAGCAGCUACCACUUAUCCCUUACCUUAUCUUGGCUAUCAACUUCCCCAUCUAGCAUGGAGGCAGCGGAGGUGCAUCUGCUAGAACUGGUUCACUGCAAACUUUGCCACAAAUGGGGAGCUGCAGGCAGAAAUAUAAUUGCCGAGAUGAUAUCCAUCAAGAGAGACUUUUCUGAGGACAGACGUUGUGCUAAACCUAAUCCAUCCGCCGGACUCCUCAUAACUUGUACAUUUCAGUUGACAAGAAAAUCAUGAA